CAAUUACGUGCUGAUCUCGUUCGUACGUUUCUGGACCACUCGGGGAGCAUCCACGUUGUGACAGGCGGAUGCGAACUCCUGGAUUUAUUCGACUUAGAAUCCUCUCCCCAACCAGAUCUUUCUCCCUCUCACUCUCUAUCUCUCCUCUCUUCAACCGACCCUUCAUCGCGAAAGACGUCGCGAUCUAAGUCAUCAAGGAAUCAAAGAGCAUAAGGCUUCCGAUCGAGCGUAAGGACAAGUCAUUGAUGACUUAAGAAUCACUAACUUCUUUUGCUUCAGUUACCAGUGGGUGGUGAUAAAUAGUUCAUACAGGUGGUGAGGCCGGUGAGAUUGAUGAGUGAGUGUGAUGACAGAUGUGUUCCGCUUAUUGUUUUGGCCGCUACAUUUACAAGAAGUGAUUUUCCGACUUGAUUCCGAUCUCGAUUACGAACUUCAGAAUUCCUUGUCUAACAACGAGAGAUGAAGUUCGGUAUGAUGACGAUACUUACUAUAAGAAUUUACAAGUUUCUGAUCAUUCUUCUUUCCUGCGAAGCUCUAGGAUACGGACUAUUAUUGGAUGAAGAAAAGGAGCCAACCUAUCUUACCGCAGGUGUUGGCGAGUAUGUCGUCUUCAAUUGUGAUCUCGAUUUUCCGCACGAGAUACCGAUACCUUACAUCUUGCAUUGGAAGCGUGAUGGUCGAACUAUAUUCUCUUCUUACGCUAACGCGACUUCCGCAGCUCACGACUUCGUUGGUCGCAUUCACAGGUUGGAGGAUACUUCUGGAUAUGGCCAAGGCAGCGUCAAUCUGACCAACAUCAGAGACAGUGAUCAAGGAUGGUACGAGUGUAAGGUCAUUUUCCCAAACCGGACACCCAGUUCAAGAAACAAUGGUACUUGGUUACAUCUCUCUAUCGAUGGUGUGGGGCCGCCGGGCGGGAAUGUUCCAGGUGAGGCUAUUCUGGCAAUACCACCCAUCAAUGGAACCGUAAUGGAGGGUGAACCUGCGUCCUUCGAUUGCGUCGCCAAGAACCCUUCUUCAAUCGUCGCCUGGUUCCACGAGGGCGUUGAAGUCUCAGAAAUAAAGGAUCUCAAACAUCGAAUAUCUGUUGAUGGCAAUGGAACUUUAAUAAUUAAACCAACUGAUAUGAGCGAUUUAGGAGAAUACACCUGCGUAGUGAGCAAUAUCGAAGGGGAGCAACAUAGUGCAUCAGCUUAUCUUAAUGUACAGUAUAAAGCGAAAGUGAUAUAUGCACCUAGAGAAGUUUAUCUUCCGUAUGGGAAGCAUGCCCUUCUUGAUUGCCAUUUUAGAUCGAAUCCUCCACUAACAAAUUUACGAUGGGAGAAAGACGGCUUCCUCUUUGACCCCUACAAUGUGCAAGGCGUAUUUUACAGGAGAAAUGGCUCCUUGUACUUUAACAAGGUAGACGAGAGUCACGCUGGAAGUUACACAUGUACACCAUAUAAUGAACUAGGAACAGAUGGUUCCAGUCCCGCAAUUAAUGUGGUUGUUCAACGACCGCCAAUAUUUACUGUUACACCUCAACAACUUUAUAUGAGGAAGUUGGGAGAGAGCUUGGAAAUCCCAUGUGAAGCUAGGGAUGGAGAUCACAAUCAUCGACCUAACAUCGUUUGGUUUAAAGACGGUUCUCCCCUUCCUCCGGAAAGAACAAUUAUAACUGGAGGAAAUCUCACCAUAGAGAGAAUCCAAGAACAGGAUCGAGGGCUGUAUCAAUGUGCAGCCAGUAACGAGGCUGCUACUGUUGUUGCUGAUGCAGAACUCAUGGUUCUAAAUGUUCCUCCUAGAGCACCUUAUAAUUUAAGUGCUAAUACUGGCAAAAAUUCGGUCACCUUGACAUGGGUUCCAGGCUAUGUAAGGCCGAAAAUGGAAUAUUCCAUAUGGUACAGACCCACUGAUACUUCCGAAUGGAGGACUAUGAAGAUCGUUUCAAGAAAGAUUACUGAAGCUACUGUGAAUAAUUUGACACCUGGUCGAGAAUACGAAUUUAUGGUGCUCAGUCAAGACAAGCAUGGUGAUGGCAUGUUUAGCAAAGCAGUACGAGUGCUCACUGAUCCUGAUUUGAUGGAUCGUAACGCUGCUUCUGAAUUUCGAAGCGCAGAUUCAGAUUUCAUGGGAGCACCACAUAAUAUCAGAGUGCAGGCGACUAUUGAGGGAUAUUUAGUAACUUGGGAUCCUCCUUUAAUUGGACCUGGGCUUGUGAGAUUGUAUAUGGUAAAAUGGUUCAGAGGAUCAUCAGAUCUUCUUUAUGGCAAAGCAGAAACUACAGAUACAUAUUACCUUGUAAAAAAUUUGGAAGAGGAUACUUAUUACUCAUUUGAAGUAGCUGCUGUAUCUCUGACAGACGAUGUCUUGUCAAGCGAACGUUUUACGAUGGAAAUUCCUGCAUUUCAAAAAAGCUCCCGCAACAGGGCAAUUUCAAUGGGGAUUGUAGCCAGUCUUGGUUUUUUGGCUGCUGCACUAGCUGCUGUUUGGUGGGCGAAAAAACGAUUUUGUCGUCCAGAGGAUGGAGAGAAAUAACGACACUUAAAUUUACUUGAAAAAUUUAAUAGACUGUUACCGCGAUUUGAAUAGCUUCUCCAACCGUGUGAUAGCAUAGUAUUGUUUUUAUUACAAUUCCAAUGUUAAUUAAGAAAACUUAUAGGAAAUUUAAAUUCAAAUUUCAAGGUUUAGAUGAAAAAUACAUUUUUGAAUUAAUCAUUUCAUCGGAGAAGCCAUCGCAAAGAAUGGGAGAAUAAGAGUUUAGGAAAUGUUUUGUACUAAUAAGUGCCUUAUGACUGUAAAUGCCAUUUCACAUAGAAGCUCUAAUUAAGUUCAAUGUAUUUUUCAAAAAUUAAUAUAAAGCGAUUAGAAUAAGUAGAUUAUUAUUUCAAUCAUUAUUUUUUAAAAAGGUAGCUUAAGAUUUUUUAUUAAAAAAAGAUGAAGAAAUUAACAGAGAGUGAAUGUAAAAGCGAAUUUUAUUUUAAAUAAUUUUAAUUCAAGCAAUAGCCAAUUAUUGAGUAUAAUUAAGAGUUAUUUCGAAUCAAGUCGAUUUUCUUUAAAUUAUUUCUAAUCCAGAUUUUUAAACAAUGGACAUAAAAAAUGUAUCCCUGUAAAAUGCUACACUAUGCCACAUCGGAAUCGCAGUUUGCCUUUUAGAUUAAUAUUUUAGGCUUCUCAUGACAAAGAAAUUUGAAAAAUAUAAAUCACUGCAAAUAGAAAAAAUUAGUUGGGAUAGUUUAAUGAAAAAUUAUUCUCUUUUUUCUUUUGAAUUUUUUCUAAACUUUUAUAAUACUACAUACAACAAGCCGAUAUAUUGAAUUUGUUCUUACCCAUAAUCUUUACUUUAUAUAGUCUGCGAAAAAUAAGUACAGAAAAGUGUGCAAAUUUUUCAUUUUUAUGCGAAAUCCGGUAAAGUUAUUCAAUUUUCGAGUGCGUUGACAUCACGAAGUAAAUGCAUUUUUCUGAUAAGAACUGAUAAGAACAAUUAACCAAUUGUAUUUUAUGUUAGAAUACUAUAACACUUAAGAAAAUCUAAAAGUCACGUGAAUUUGUCAAGGUUUAUCUACCCUCGACAAUGUUUAAGACCCGAACGACAGAUAUAAAUUGGUUUAGGAUCAAGGCGAGCAUGAAAUUCAAUACUCGUUUUUCUUGCGAAAGAAAGUUCAAUAUUUUUACAGGCUUCAUAAGUACUUCCUUAAUCCUGGUUCGAAGUAGUGAGUUUUCAAUAAGUUUACACAUUGUCCUCGAAAGCUAAACAAUGUGAAAUCUGUAUAUAGAAAUAAAACAACAAAAAUCUUCCCAUUGUA